AGCUUCCUCUUGCUGUUUCUCCAGUCGGUCAGCAAACGCCUUCUUCCUGUUCUACUCUUCAGUCUUCUAACUUCCCUCCUGCGACAGGGCAGAUCGAUUCUAGAACAAAACCAAAAGUGAGAAUGCUAAGGUUGGCACUCUCACUUCCUCUUUGAAUAUAGUACUUGCUUGCAGAGGGGCACCCACUGGGAGGGAAGAGGCAGGUGUCCCAGGGACUCUGCGCUGCCACCAGUUACAGAUCGUCAUGCUCUCUCACGGCCUCCACUGGUUGCAGAAAAAGCCAGGAUGAUGCUUCUCUGGCUCCUGGCUAGGACUCUAAUCAUGGCACUGUUCCUCUCCUGCCUGACACCAGGAAGCUUGAAUCCCUGCAUAGAGGUAGUUCCUAAUAUUACCUAUGAAUGCAUGGAUCAGAAUCUCAGCAAAGUCCCUGAUGGCAUUCCUUCUUCAACCAAGAACAUAGAUCUGAGCUUCAACCCCUUGAAGAUCUUAAGAAGCUAUAGCUUCUCCAAUUUUUCAGAACUUCAGUGGCUGGAUUUAUCCAGGUGUGAAAUUGAAACAAUUGAAGACAAGGCAUGGCAUGGCUUACACCACCUCUCAAACUUGAUACUGACAGGAAACCCUAUCCAAAGUUUUUCCCCAGGAAGUUUCUCUGAACUAACACGUUUAGAGAAUCUGGUGGCUGUGGAGACAAAAUUGGCCUCUCUAGAAAGCUUCCCUAUUGGACAGCUUAUAACCUUAAAGAAACUCAAUGUGGCUCACAAUCUUAUACAUUCCUGUAAGUUACCUGUAUAUUUUUCCAAUCUGACAAACCUAGAACAUGUGGAUCUUUCUUAUAACUAUAUUCAAACUAUUACUGUCAACGACUUACAGUUUCUACGUGAAAAUCCACAAGUCAAUCUCUCUUUAGACCUAUCUUUGAACCCAAUUGACUUCAUUCAAGACCAAGCCUUUCAGGGAAUUAAGCUCCAUGAAUUGACUCUAAGAGGUAAUUUUAAUAGCUCAAAUAUAAUGAAAAUUUGCCUUCAAAACCUGGCUGGUUUACACGUCCAUCGGUUGAUCUUGGGAGAAUUUAAAGAUGAAAGGAAUCUGGAAAUUUUUGAACCCUCUAUCCUGGAAGGACUAUGUGAUGUGACCAUUGAUGAGUUCAGGUUAACAUAUACAAAUGAUUUUUCAGAUGAUAUUGUUAAGUUCCAUUGUUUGGCGAAUGUUUCUGCAAUGUCUCUGGCAGGUGUAUCUAUAAAAUAUCUAGAAGAUGUUCCUAAACAUUUCAAAUGGCAAUCCUUAUCAGUCAUUAGAUGUCAACUUAAGCAGUUUCCAACUCUGAAUCUACCCUUUCUUACAAGUUUGUCUUUAACUAUGAACAAAUUGCCUAUCAGUUUUAAAACAGUGGCCCUGCCAACUCUCAGCUAUCUAGAUCUUAGUAGGAAUGCACUGAGCUUUAGCGGUUGCUGUUCUUAUUCUGAUUUGGGAACAAACAGCCUGAGACACUUAGACCUCAGCUUCAAUAGUGUUAUCAUUAUGAGUGCCAAUUUCAUGGGUCUAGAAGAGCUGCAGCACCUGGAUUUUCAGCACUCUACUUUAAAAAGGGUCACAGAAUUCUCAGCGUUCUUAUCCCUUGAAAAGCUCCUUUACCUUGACAUCUCUUAUACUAACACCAAAAUUGACUUCGAUGGCAUAUUUCUUGGCUUGACCAGUCUCAAUACAUUAAAAAUGGCUGGCAAUUCUUUCAAAGACAACACCCUUUCAAAUGUCUUUGUAAACACAACAAACUUGACAUUCCUGGAUCUUUCUAAAUGUCAAUUGGAACAAAUAUCUUGGGGGGUAUUUGACACCCUUCAUAGACUUCAAUUAUUAAAUAUGAGUCACAACAACCUACUGUUUUUGGAUUCAUCCCAUUAUAACCAGCUGUAUUCCCUCAGCACUCUUGAUUGCAGUUUCAAUCGCAUAGAGACAUCUAAAGGAAUACUGCAACAUUUUCCAAAGAGUCUAGCCUUCUUCAAUCUUACUAAUAAUUCUGUUGCUUGUAUAUGUGAACAUCAGAACUUCCUGCAGUGGGUCAAGGACCAGAAGCAGCUCUUGGUGAAUGUUGAACAAAUGACAUGUGCAACACCUGUACAGAUGAAUACCUCCCUAGUGUUGGAUUUUAAUAAUUCUACCUGUUAUAUGUACAAGACAAUCAUCAGUGUGUCAGUGGUCAGUGUGAUUGUGGUAUCCACUGUAGCAUUUCUGAUAUACCACUUCUAUUUUCACCUGAUACUUAUUGCUGGCUGUAAAAAGUACAGCAGAGGAGAAAGCAUCUAUGAUGCAUUUGUGAUCUACUCGAGUCAGAAUGAGAACUGGGUAAGAAAUGAGCUGGUAAAGAAUUUAGAAGAAGGAGUGCCCCACUUUCACCUCUGCCUUCACUACAGAGACUUUAUUCCUGGUGUAGCCAUUGCUGCCAACAUCAUCCAGGAAGGCUUCCACAAGAGCCGGAAGGUUAUUGUGGUGGUGUCUAGACACUUUAUUCAGAGCCGUUGGUGUAUCUUUGAAUAUGAGAUUGCUCAAACAUGGCAGUUUCUGAGCAGCCGCUCUGGCAUCAUCUUCAUUGUCCUUGAGAAGGUGGAGAAGUCCCUGCUGAGGCAGCAGGUGGAAUUGUAUCGCCUUCUUAGCAGAAACACCUACCUGGAAUGGGAGGACAAUCCUCUGGGGAGGCACAUCUUCUGGAGAAGACUUAAAAAAGCCCUGUUGGAUGGAAAAGCCUCGAAACCUGAGCAAACAGAAGAGGAAGAACAAGAAACGGCAACUUGGACCUGAGGAGAACAAAACUCUGGGGCCAAAACCCAGUCUGUUUACAAUUAAUAAAUGCUACAGCUCACCUGUGGUUCUGCUAUGGACAGAGCCCAUGGAACACAAGGCUGCUAAGCUAUGACAUGGACCUUACCGGGCAGAAGGAAGUAGCACUGUGAUGAGACUCCUUACUUUCCAGGGAUAAGAAUUACCUAACUCAGGAAAAGAAACAUAAUCAAGAAUGUUUACCUUUAAACUGAAGGAGAAGAGGCUAAGGCCUAGUGAGAACAGAAAGGAGAACCAGUCUUCACUGGGCCUUUUGAAUACAAGCCAUGUCAUGUACUGUGUUUCCGUUGCCUUAGAAGAGGAUUAAUAGUUUCAACUGAACUGAAAGUUUUCUUACUUUCCUUUUUUUCUACUGAAUGCAAUUUAAAUAGCUCUUUUUGAGAGGUCCUCAUUCCAAUUUCAUCUUCCAUUUUAUGUCAUUUUCUUUUCUUUUUUUUUAUCUAAGUCUAUAAGAAAUAUGAUUAAUACAUGCUCACAGAUAUCCUGGCCAAUCCUUAGAAUGCUAUAUUUAUUAAAUAAAAUUCCUAGUAUACUUUUACUUUUAUAAAUUCCGUUAUCGUUUUUCAUGCCUUGACUACAAACUAAUAUCAUAAAUAAGAUUGUUACAGGUAUACUAAGAAGGCCCAUAUUUAACUAUAAUUUUUAAAGAAAGUGUGUAAAAUAUACUCUGUCACAUUGUCACUGAAUGUCAUUCUUAAGUUAUUACCUAAGUUAUGGAUGUCACAGAGUCAGUGUUAAAAAUAAUUUGGUUGAUAGAAAUAUUUUUAAUCAGGAGGGAAAAGUGGAGAGGGAUGCAGGAACAGAAAUCAUAGCUUCAUCAUUUAUUCAUGAUUAUUCCGGAACCAUAGAAGUUCACAUAGCUGAAUGACAAGACUACAUAUGCUGCAACUGAUGUUCCUUCUCAUCAAGGAUACUCUCUGAAGGACUUGUAGAACAUUUUUGGGAGGAAGAAAGGUCUAAUAUCCUUUUCCUUCAUCAUUCUCAUUUCUGGACAUGCCUUGUGAGACGGAUGAAUGUUGGGAGUACAUAUUUCUGCUUUCACCUUAUUCCGGUCAGCACGAAUACUGAAUAUAUAAUGGCAUUUCACAGUGUGUGUGUGUGUGUGUGUGUGUGUGUGUGUGUGUUGUGUAUGUACAUAUAUGUACCUGUACAUGUGUUUAAGUUUAAGGAGAAAAUAGAGUACAGAGCAGUUCUAUAUUUGUGAUAGGGCAUUAAAUAGUUGAGCUAAUUCAGAAAAGUAUGGAGGUUUCUUGGUAAAGGAAACCAAAGUAGAAUCAUUACAAGAUCUAACAAUAAAAAUUUUGAAA